UUCAUUUUUUACAAUGAUGUUACCAUUGUUUCGCGCUAGCUAACCAGUACAGCACGCCGUAAGGCAAAGUCUGUCGUAUGUGUGAUACGAAAUUCCGUUAAACUGCCUAGUCCGAUUUGCCUCAUGGAGUGUAUCAUCAGUUCCUUGAUGGUCGUCAGUAGAACGCAGGAACUCAGUAUAUAUAUUAACGCAGAAGCGUUUUCGCUUGAUCAAAGUUACAAGAUCUAUCAUUUGACAAAGUUUCGAGUAGACCCGAAUGUAGAAACAUACGGGUUUUAGAAGUAUCAUCGUCAGACAAUGGUUGCAAAUAAAACGAUAGAACGUCAGUUGCUUAUAAAAAAGCUGCAAAAAAUUAAUCAGGUGUCUUGCGUCUCAUUAUGCACGUAGGACGUUGAUAGGGUAAUGAUUUUGAAAAAGCAGAUAUCAACUAAAAACAGAGUAAAGAUCCUCCACAUCAUGGAAACAUUCAAUCGGUCCAGCUGGAAAAACUCAUCGUUGUUUAAUAUAUCGCAUGGUUAAUCAGGUACUUAACAUCGACUACUAGAUUAGUCUAUCUUCUCACUUUAUGCUGGGAGACGCUGGUACCAAAUGAGAGCGCCGGAGAGUGAACCCAAAUGUGAAAUGCAAAUAUAAGAAAUAUCUAUUCGACACGUCGACAAGCAAGCGGUAGAAAUUUCAAAUCUAACAAAAACAUUUGUUAAACGUGAGCUGUUGAACGUGCGAGUUGAAGCUACACAAAAGAGUAGAAGGUAAUAUGUCGUAGAGAAGUGCGCCCCCAUCUGUCCAUAUUGUUCCAACCAAAUGAUUAGUCAAACUCUUCCCCCCUGGAAUAACGCCUCAAGUAAUAUGACCUAUUGAACAUCUUUCAAUAGCACUGUCGACUGACUGAUCGUGUCUUAAUUCGCGUGUGGUUUAAAAAAAAAUUAGAGUAGAAGACUGAUGAAAGUGAUCUACAAACGACCGAAUCAAUACAUAAGCCGCCUCAGUAUGACUUCUAUGUUCCUCCUGUUGGUGCCAUUGUUAGCACUCCGUACAUCCGUCGCUGUAGGCCUUGACGACUGUUGUUUCUCGCUGGUAGAGAGCGUCCCUGAAGAAUUAACGUUUCCUAGCGGAUCUCCAGUACACCCAACCACCCAUCAGACAUGGAUGAAUCUCAUUAGCAAAGCGCAAAGUAAUAUUGACAUUGCCUCCUUCUAUUGGACACUUCGAAACAAGGAUAUCUCUCCAGGUGAUAAUUCGUCAUGGAUGGGUGAAGAAGUUUUCGCUGCUCUGCUUAAUACGGGUAUUCGCGGCAAUGCUAAAAUUCGCAUCGUCCAAAACAUACCUUCAAAGAUUAAUCCCGCUACUGACACUGCAGAUUUCGUAAAGCUAGGAGCUGCCGAUGUACAAACACUCGAUUUUGAUGAAAUUUUUGGUGCUGGACUUCUUCACACAAAGUUCUGGGUCGUUGACGAUACCCACAUCUUCAUCGGCAGCGCAAAUAUGGAUUACCGGUCGCUUAGCCAGGUGAAAGAGUUGGGCGCAGUUAUAUAUAAUUGUCCGUCGCUGGCUCUCGACUUAAAGAAAGUGUUUGAGAUCUACUGGACGGUUGGAGUUUUGGGUACGGUCCCGUCAAACUGGCCAGAUAGCUUCUCUACGCAAUACAACGCUAAGACGCCUCUCCCCGUUAAUCUGAACAACUCAGCUGCGCAGGUGUACAUCUCCAGCUCGCCUCCUCCGUUCAGCCCAAAAGGGCGUUCCGAUGAUCUGGAGUCGAUUCUUGCUGGUAUCAACGAGGCCGAAGAGUUCAUCUACGUCGCAGUUAUGGAUUUUUAUCCCCAGAUGAUCUACGAUAGCCCGAAAAAAGGCGAACUAUGGCUGGUACUCGAGACAGCGCUAAAGCGAGCGGCUAUCGAGCGGAAGGUUCAGGUGCGUCUUCUUGUCAGCGAGUGGCAAAGUACGAAGCCGGAGAUGAAGGCUUUUGUCGCUAGCCUCGGCGAGCUUGGGAAGGUUUUCAGCAUUCAAACGAAGAAAUUCGUUGUACCUCCACUGUCCCGUAACCGCAUUAUUCCAUUCUCGCGUGUCAAUCAUAACAAGUAUAUGGUAACGGAUAAGAGAGCUUUCAUUGGAACAUCCAAUUGGUCCGGCGAUUAUUUCACCUACACGGCGGGCGUCGGAAUCCACAUAUUUCAAGAACAGAUACAACAGCAAUUAAAGGCCAUAUUUUUGCGUGACUGGGAAUCGCAGUAUACCCACGACAUCUACGAUAACUGCUCAUAAUUUCAAAUUGUCAUAGUGUGCAUGGUUCCUGAAUUUUUUAUUGUAAUCAGCAUGCUGACUAUGAAUGUGUAAUGUGGAGCUGCCUAUUGAAAACGGGAACCGAAUACGUUAAUAGAAAAAGUUCCUCCAAAAUUUUGGAAAAAGUGCAUUGCCUUACAGAAAAUCUACGUAGAUUAUGCGUGUUUUUUUAAUUUUUGUCCUUUAGCGUGUUCUUGUGAACGCCUAAGAUGCUGCCUGCACAAUGUAUACGCUAUCAUUAUUUUCCAGUUUGUAAAUAGUGCUAUAUUUAUUAAUGACGGAAUUAAGUCUCGUAGUACCAUUUGCUACGCGAGUGUGCCUGAUUUCUUACGUUACCUGCAUUCGUAUCGCCAUCGAAGAAGAUCAUGGAACAGUGACUCCCCUCCUUAACGGUACUUUACGCAUUAAUUAAGCAUGCUGCUGCUGAGAGGUAUUUUCACAAUUCGCUAAAUUAAAUAGAUGGACGUGAUUUGAAUGACUAAUUAUUUUUUUUACACAAUACCAGUAAAAAGAUGUAAAAUUUAUUGAAUCAUAACAGUUUGCUGUACCACCUGCUAUGUGGAAAAGAAGCAUGGCCUAAAAUCCAAACGGUGCGCAGAAUUAUCCAUGAAAUGAAUAGGCUAAAUAUAUGUGCUUUUACUAUUCUUCGGCAUGUGUCAUCUUCCAACUUAACCAUCCAUAGUUGUGCAGUAUCAAGCUUCAUUAAAUAGUGCCCAAAGCAAGAAAAGAGUAAAUAAAGCACAGGCAUAAGGCCGUACGCAAAGAACAUUAUUAUAUAGAAUCAUACUUGUCAUCGAUAAUAACUGACUUGUGUCAGGCUCUUCAAGUUUGAAAAACACAGAACUUGAGCUUCAAUUAUAUAACAACAUGCAAACGGGCCAAGAAGGUUCUUUACAUAAAUUAUUUGCUACUGACGAUCACCACUAUCGAGUAGGGCUCAGAACAUAGAUUCAAACAGUGAAAUAUCAUUCUCACUCUGUAAAAUACAGUGCACUGUACAAUCAUGAUCAGUUAGUGGAAAGAUAGGGGGGCUGUUCUUGGAUAUUUAAGAUUAAUAAUAGAGCAUAUGUAGGUGAGCUUUGCUUCUAUGGAAGCACAUUAUUGAGCAAAAGAGUUCAUAUUGACGUGUAAUAAGACGUGUUCAAGACGUGUAAUAAAAAACAUACUAUACCUUAUUUACCUACAAGUAUCGUGUAUUUCUGUUUUCACACUACAGUAUACUCAUAGAAAUUAAAUACAAAUGAACAGCUUUUUGU